CAGUUGUGGCUGUUUUGCUGCGGCUUGGUGCAAACGAGUAGCUCCCAGUUAAAAGUUACAUCGUGAUAAUUUGCAAUGUUCCAAUCUCUCUUAUGCAGGUGACGCUCCAUUGCUUUAUUGAGCAAAAAAGACUUUGCAAUCCUGGGGGCUAAGGCUGGCCACUAAAGCAUAUGGAAACCCAAAGGGUAAAAAAUUUGAAAAGAGUUAAGGAAUCUUGCUUUGUUUCAUUUUGUCAAUGAUCGAGUUUGGUUUAGAAGGGUUCGUUGGCCUAUUUCAAUAUAGUGCUUUGAAACAAGGUUCAAUGGUGAGCGUUCGAGCAACAUUGAAGCACACACUAGCUAGGCGCAAGCUUAGCCAUACAACCAACCCAUGUCUACAAACUCACUACAGCAUUACUCGCCAACGACAAGUUUCUGUCACCUUCCAUGGCAGCUUUUGGACCUCCAGAAGGAGACAAGAAAGAGUCGGAACACGGCUCGGCACCCUACUUCUUGUGUGCUCUGUGACGGAGCAUUCCGCCACUGUCGUUUUGUUUCCUUCCUUCCUUUCAUCAUCGAUCGUUUCGUUUCUCUUUCUUGGUUGAUUUUUUUUUUUUCCUCUCUCUCUCUGUGGAUAAUCAUGAGUGGGCAGGAAGUUAGGGCGAGAGGUGAGAGGUUAAGGGAUGGAGGAGGUAAGGGACAGUCUUUCUCUUCGAGUUUGCUUGAUGAAAUCUACCGUUCGAUUGACGAUGGAGGCGAUAAGAGAAGUGGAGAAUUGAAGUUUUACAGACAUAAGGUGUUGAAGAAACAAGGUAAAACAAUCGGUGACGAAGAGAUCGCGAGUCUUCAUCGAGCUUUGCUGAUCGAGAGAUGGAUCGAGAAGAAGGUUGCUGAAAAGGUGAGCGCUCAAAGGAGACGAUCUCUGACGGAAGCUGAGAUGAAAUUUCAGUUGUACCAGCAUGAUCGGGAAGAAGACGUUCUCUUCUUCAGUUCCACUUCGAGUUCUUCCGAUUCGAGUUUCGGCGGAUUUUCAUCUUCGGAUACUGAAUCAAUGUAUGGCUCGAAGUCCUUGACGCCGUCUUGUUUUGCGAAGUUCAGGCCGAAACCGGUUCGGACCAGCGUCUCGGCUCUACCGCCAGAGAAGACGGAGGCAAAGCAAAGACAGAGUAGAGAAAAACCACAGUCGAAACAGAGCAAUCAAUUCGUCGAAAACAAAGAAUCGCGAGAUUUGGACGAGAACGCCAUGAUUAAGUCGAAAUCUAGGGCAUUGAAGAUAUACGAUAACUUAAAGAAGGUGAAGCAGCCGAUUUCACCAGGAGGACGCCUCUCAAGUUUUCUCAAUUCAAUCUUCACCGCAGGAACUCCGAAGAAACAAGCACACUCCGUAACAUCAACCGGAGCCUCUGAAGAUCCUAACUCAGAGAGGAAAUCAAAAUCCGGCCAAACUUCGACUUGCUCUUCCGCUACAUCGUUUUCAAGAUCAUGUUUAAGCAAAAAUUCGCCAUGCUCAAGUGAAAAAUUGGGCAACGUCGACAGGAGAACGGUUCGAUUCUAUCCGGUGAGUACAAUCGUAGACGAACAUUGUAAACCUUGCGGACACAAAUCCUUGUACGAUGAAGGGCCUAAGUUCCAAGUCAAGGAUAAGCCGCAAACAGCAGAAGCAACAGCAGCAGCCAGAAACAUUUUGACAGAUUAUCAACAAAUUAGGAAUAAGAAGGAUUUCCUCGCUAGAAAAUUUCACCAUCCGAACAAUCAUCUCUACCAAGAAGAAGAAGAAGAAGACGACACAGCAAGUUGUUCGAGUUCAGAUCUGUUCGAGCUAGAUCACCUGACGGUAAUGAGCGGAGAUCGGUACCGCGAAGAGCUUCCGGUGUACGAAAGAACCACUGGUGUGGAUACCAAUCGAGCCAUCCGCCAUCGCUAAUCAGGUGGCAGAAUGGGGGAGGGAGCUUCUGAAGCAGGAAAAGAAUUCAACGGAGGAUGGAGAGAGCACAUGAUUCUGUCACGUAGCCCAGGACCAUGGAUUCUUGCACCAAAUUACUGGGAACGGACACAACGUGGUUGGUGAUGCAACCCAAAUUGCAUUCAAAGUGCCAUCUCCAGCCCUGCAACACCUUCCCUAAGCCAUCCGCUUGCAGACCUACAGCAUCGAGCAGGUCAAGCUCCAGUCCAUCAAUCAAGCCUGUUGGGAGUGGAGUCCCACGUCAGUUAAUUAAAGGGUUGAUCACGUAAGAAAUACAUCUCCAUUCGUGUGAGGCCUUUUGAGUAAGCCCAAAGUAAAGUGAGCUUAUGGUCAAAGUGGACAAUAUUAUACCAUUGUGGAGAUCUCUGAUUUCUAACGGAGCCAAGACUUUUUCUGCUAGAAUAAAUAUAGAGUAUCUUACUUUGCCUAGGUGCUCUGUUGACAGCGCCACCCGGUUA